UAGGUUGGUUUUCAAUUCCAUCACCCUGUCACCCCGCCAAAUAAUCCCAAGUAAACAAACCACAACGACUUUGCGUCCCAAGUUUAAGAUCCAUAACAUCGCACACAAGAGAAUCAAUCAAGAUGGCGCCGAGCGGAACAGAAAAAGACAAGGACAAAUCCAAGGUUCAUAAAUUGGCCCUCAAAGGAAGCGCCAAACUUGUUGCCGAAUUUUUUCAAUAUUCUAUCCAUACGAUCUUAUUCCAGAGAGGCGUCUACCCUGCCGAAGAUUUCACAGCCGUCAAAAAAUAUGGGUUGAACAUGCUGGUAUCCGCCGACGACCAGGUCAAGGCGUACAUCAAGAAGAUCAUGUCGCAGCUCGACAAGUGGAUGCAGCGCGGCAAGAUCAGCAAGCUGGUGAUCGUCAUCACCGACAAGGACACGGGCGAGCACGUGGAGCGGUGGCAGUUCGACGUGCACAUCUUCAACGCGGGGAAAUCCAAGAAAUCCAAGACGACGACCACCACCACGACCACCACGAACCAGGAGAACGACGCUCCCGCCUCCGCCUCAGCCUCCGCCUCCAACACGGCCCUCCCCGAUCCCUCCAAGACCGAGGUCGAGAUCCAAGCCGAGAUUGCCGCCCUCUUCCGCCAGAUCACCGCCUCCGUCACCUUCCUGCCCCAGCUGGCCGGCGAUUGCACAUUCAACGUUCUGGUCUACGCCGAUGCGGAUAGCGACGUGCCCGUAGAAUGGGGAGACAGCGACGCCAAGGAGAUCGUCAACGGGGAGAGGGUGCAGCUGCGAGGAUUCAGCACCACGAGCCACCGCGUCGAAACGUUGGUGAGCUAUCGGUUGGGAGAAUGAACGUAACGCAUCGGCUAGCUUCAUUUCGCAUCUAAUGUUAUUGUACUAUUGGGAUUGGUAAAGGGACGAAGUGACAUGGCGUUAUGGGUUUUCUUUCUGGCUACGAGUAAUGUUUAUACGUUAUGCAUUUAGUUUAUAGUCUCAACUUGGCUAUUGAUAGAGUGUCUCGUCGAGAAUAUUUUAUUUUUAGUAAUAAUGCUGCAGUCAUCGACCGAGUUUCUAUGAAGCAUUGGAUCCAUUCACGAUAGAAGCUUACAAUAUUUAUUUACGCACAGAAUCUAUUAAACGAUUCCCGAAUCAGCAG